AUGCUGAUUGCAGGAACCUUACAAAAAGCACAUGAAGUAGUAAAAAAACAGAGGCAAGGACGACACGCAGAAAAUUAUGAUGAUGUAGAAGAUGGAAGCGGUGAUGAAAAUGCAAUAGAAGGCAGUGGAGAUAAUGAUGAAAACACCCUCGAAAACGAAGAAAGUGGUGAUGAAAAUGCAGAAGAUGUCAGUAGAGAUAACAAAGAUCCCGCCGAAUACAGUGAAAAUGUUGAUGGAAAUAAGGAAAAAUCCCUCAAAAACGAUGAAAGCGGUGAUGAAUAUGCAGCAGAAAGCAGUGCAGCUAAUGGAAAUGAUGAUGAAUGUGGUGCAGAAUCCGCCGAAAACGAUGAAAUUGUGGAAGAAUCCAACGAAGACUAUUAUCAAAUGUCAAUGAAUAAGGAUGAAUAUACUGAAGCAGCAGCCCAAAAUGAUGAAAAAAGCGUCGAACUAGAUUUGAAAAAGUGCUGGGAUCUUAUUAAUGGGACAGGAAAGGGUCCAAAAGACAAAGAGCCUGAUUCCAGUGAGAGUGGUAAGAAAAGCAAAACAAGAGCCUUACAGUCAGGUGAUACUUUCACACCAUACGAGAUGUUGCCAAUUACAACUAAGUUGCUUAAAAAAGUGGAUAAUCCAGGGGAGGGCAAAGGAAUUGUGAGUUCAGCGAAAAGUCCAGAAGAAUUGGCGGAUAAGCUGUUUGCAUCUUAUUUUCUGACGACGAAAAGAAUCGUUUAUUUGACCGAACUGGACCUGCCGGGCUUGGAUGCACUACAAGCCCUGGCUCUCGAAGGCGAAGUCGUGGCUGAGAGGUCUCUAAAGGAGUCAAUUACAGAAGCACCAGCGCAAGUACUAAAUAUCAGAGGCCAAUUUGUAGGAGUAGACCAACCUAAUAGAUGUCAUUAUAAACUGGUUUCUAAAAAAGUUACUCGUAACGAUACUCGUAAUGAUACUCGUAACGAUACUCGUACGAAUGGAAGUUUAAGAAGUGGCAGAACUAAGCCAUUUAAUAAAAUAUUAAAACUAGAAAAGAAAAUGAGACCAAACAGACAUUUGGUUGUUCAUUAUUCUCGUAAAACGAAUAAAGAAAAACAGGAUUUAGAUAAUAAAGAUGUUAAGAAACAGGGCAGUGAAAAGAAAAAGUUAAACAAAAUUGCUCGCCACAAAAACAAUAUGGCAAAGUGUAAGACAGGUAGAAAGGGAAAAUCAAAGGUGAACCGUAAACUUCGCAAAAAGAAUAGAAAUGUGAAAAGAAACAAGAAAUUGAAACAGAAGCAAAGACGAGGAAAAAAGAGAAACAGAGCUAAUCUAUCAAGACAAAACCGUUCAAAGAAUACAAUAAAACGUGGUGGUGUCGUAACUACAACGUUGAAACCAGUGUGCACAUGGCGCUAUAUCUGCAAGGAGCCAGGCAACUUGGAUAGCUGUCGGCUACACACCUCGUGCCUAACUGAAAACAGCAACAUCGCCAAAAUUGACAAUGAAUAUCCGGACCACAAAGGGAAAGAAUAUAACCAGAUAGUAACGAAUUUUAGAAAAAUGCUGGGCAUUACAGCAUUGGAUGAGGAAGUUGAAAAAAUAAUUGAACAACAUGUGCUUCUAGUGAAACCAGAAAACAUAAACGGAAUUGAAAAGAUUGAAACCCUUGAACAGUAUUUCAAUAAUAUCAUGAUAGCUCAGCAUCACACAACUCCUGCCUACACAGGCGAUACAACUAAGGAGGAAAAGCGACAUAUAUAUACCUCUACUAUGGAAAGACAACAGACAACACCACCCGUCGACGUCGUCUUGCCACAAAUUUACACUUUGGAGCCCAUGAGUGAAGACACAAAUUAUGAGGGUGCACUUAAAACCGGAAACAAUAAAAAAGUAAGAAUAUUCAUGAUUAUUAUAUUUAUGAAAAUGGACUAAGGAGACAUAUCAAACAAAAAAAAAAUGGUAGAUCUCUGUGUUUUGUAAAACAAAUGAUUUAGAUACAUGCUUGCUUUAUCAGAAUGGUUAAAAUACCAGGUACUUAUGUCCUUUUGCAUUCCCUGGUCCUGUAUUUCUCAUGAUUGAAUAGGUCUGUUUAGAUCACAGAGUACU